AUGACCAUGGCCAGCAGCACGGCGGACCCAAUGACUGCGAGGGGAGACUUCCGCAUGCCGUCGACGGAUUUCUCACUGCCGUAUUCCUCUCGGCAUGGCAGUGGCACGUCCAUCGACGAGCUCCUCCGGCAGCAGAACGAGCUCGACAAGAGUAUCGCAGCGCUCCGGCUCUUCUCUCCGCGCUCGUCUUUCGCGACCACCAUGCAGGACAACCGACCGGAGAGCGGGACGGUGGACCCCAUGCCGAGCGGCGCGCCGAGCGACACGAAUUCGGUCGUAGUCAAGGUCAUUCCCUCGCGCGGUACGAGCACGAGCGAUAUGAGCGGGAAGAUGACCGCGGCGUCUGGAGAGUCCAGCUUCUCGCUGAGCGUCUUCCCCGCUCCUCCGCCUAAUGGAGGUGUGAGUGCAUCGCCGUCGCCACUGCCGUCUGCUGUUCCUAGGUCCCCGCUGCUAGCGCAGCAGCAGUACUCUUCGGAGCCCAAGCGAUCAUCUUUGAUCCUGCAAGCGCCGUUGGGUGUGACCACGUCUUCGAUGGCCUUGUCUCCGCUUCCGAUGGGCUUGUCACUGUCCCCGAUGGGCGGCAUAUCGCCAACGCUCUCAAAUUCGGCCUCGCCUACGCGUGGACGGACUGAGGACUUCCCGCAGAGCGUCACCCUGCAGCCACCACAACCAGGCGGCAGCGCCCUCUCCAGCCCUACCACGCCCUCCUCGCGCGGCGGGCGGAUACAGAGCGGGGGCACGCAGUACGACGUGACCUCGUUCAUCGUGCCGCGCUCGUUUGAGGCGGCCAGCAAGUUAGCGGGGCUGGCGAGCCCGGCGAGGGAGAGCCCCAUGAUGCCUGUGACGCCCGUCGCGGAGCAGGUGUUGUACAACACGCCGGUGACGCCGCAGGUCAUGCCCAGUACGCCGACAACGGCAGGUAUGCCCAUGCCGGUCACACCCAGCCAGCCCAUGCCUACGAGCCCGGUGACGCCGAUGCCCAACUCGGGGAGGAUGCAGUCGGAGAUGACGCAGUUUGAUGUGACUUCGUUUAUUGGGAACCUGACAUCGCCAAGGAAUGAGACCACUGCCAGCCCGUUGCAAGUCAAUGUUGAGCGCACGGUCAUUCCCUCUCAGGCUUUCCCGUCUUCCGUCAGCUCGCGGCCAAGUACGGGUGAGGAAUCGAUAGCGAGAGGCCCUACGUUGCCAUCGAACCCUUCUCCGACAUAUCGUUCUCGGUCACCGCCAAGAUCGAAUAGUCUACCCGAGGAAGGUUCUACAGUAGGCGUGAUAGAAACAGCACCCAGUGGUCCAAUACUGCGACCACUCCGCCUGACCUCCGGAGGGCCGCCAGUGACCACUGCACCACCUGUCGAAGUUCGUCCGACACGGCACGUUCGCAUAUCCUCCGUCACUAAGGAAGUUGCGCCGCUCAAGCCGCUCAUCCUGGGCAGCGGUCCCGGACCUGGCCUCCCACCGCGGUCUGCUAUCAAGCCAACAGUGCAUAACCGCUCGAGCAGCUUCAAUAUGCCACCAACUAGCUACGCGAUGCCACCCGGUCCGCGACGACAAGGCUCGAACAACUCUUUGCGGCCAGCCAAGCCGCUCAUGAUCAGCGUCCCGCGUCCUCUGGCACAGGAUAGCGUGGAGGAUUCGGGCGCGUACGAGCGGCCGAGGGCGGUGCCUGUCAUAUCCCAGGAGGAUAUUGGACCUUUAUGA